AACUCGGUUCAACCCAACCGAGUUCAGAAGCCACUCCCGUCCUUCCAUCGCAACUGCAGCUCUCUUCCUUCGUCGUCGUCCUUAUCCCCCCGGACUGGACUGGACUGAACUGGACUGGAGAUCCAUCCGGGCUUGGAUUGCUUUCUUCUACUUGCUGUCUUCAUCUAACUAAGCCCGGUAUGAAGGGUUCAAAGCUUUUGUUCUUACUGGCGGCGUCUUCUUUGUGCCUGUCUGCUGCGAUUGCCGUGCAGGAAACUUGUCCAGCCGACCUCAAUAGCAAAUGUGAUGGUGGCGCAUUUGAUGAUUGGGAGGGGGAGUUCUUCCCCGGCAUCCCAAAAAUCAAGUAUGAGGGUCCAACCAGCAAGAACCCUCUUGCUUAUAAGUGGUAUAAUGCAGAGGAAGUGAUUCUCAGAAAGAAGAUGAAAGAUUGGAUGCGGUUCAGCGUCGCCUUCUGGCACACAUUCCGUGGUACUGGCGCAGAUCCUUUUGGUGCCCCUACAAAGGUGUGGCCUUGGGAGGAUGGCACAAAUUCGUUGGCCAUGGCUAAGAGAAGAAUGAGAGCUCACUUUGAAUUCAUGGAGAAGCUGGGAGUUCAAAAAUGGUGCUUCCAUGAUAGGGAUAUUGCCCCAGAUGGCAAAACCCUCGAGGAAACAAAUGCUAACCUGGACGAAAUAGUUGAGCUGGCAAAGCAGCUCCAGGUUGAGACCAAUAUAAAGCCAUUGUGGGGUACUGCUCAGCUUUUUUUGCAUCCACGUUACAUGCAUGGAGCUGCUACUAGCCCGGAGGUUAAAGUGUAUGCUUAUGCAGCUGCACAAGUUAAGAAAGCUUUGGAGGUCACUCACUACCUUGGUGGUGAAAACUACGUAUUUUGGGGUGGAAGAGAGGGUUACCAAACUCUUCUUAAUACUGAUAUGAAGAGAGAACUUGACCAUCUGGCUAACUUUCUUCAAGCUGCUGUUGACUACAAGAAGAAGAUCGGAUUUAACGGAACAUUGUUAAUAGAGCCUAAACCACAAGAACCUACAAAACAUCAGUAUGACUGGGAUGUUGCCACUACAUUCUCUUUUCUACAGAAGUAUGGUCUUGCAGGAGAGUUCAAGAUUAAUGUUGAGUGCAACCAUGCUACUCUAUCUGGACAUAGCUGCCAUCAUGAGCUCGAGACUGCACGGAUUAAUGGGCUGCUUGGGAAUAUUGAUGCAAACACCGGUGAUCCUCAAGUCGGUUGGGACACAGAUCAGUUCCUUACAGACAUUUCAGAGGCUACCUUGGUUAUGUCAAGUGUAGUUAAGAAUGGUGGACUUGCACCUGGUGGAUUCAACUUCGACGCCAAAUUGCGGAGGGAAAGUACUGAUGUUGAGGACAUGUUUCUUGCUCAUAUAUCAGGAAUGGACACCCUAGCCCGUGGCCUCCGCAACGUCGCCAAGCUGAUUGAGGAUGGUUCCCUGAAUGAGCUUGUUCGUAAGCGCUACCAGAGCUUUGACAGUGAGAUUGGUGCCCUGAUCGAGGCUGGGAAAGGAGACUUUGAGACACUAGAAAAGAAGGUUUUGGAGUGGGGUGAACCCACUGUUCCAUCAGGCAAGCAGGAACUGGCUGAGAUUCUGUUCCAAUCUGCUUUAUAAAUGGUGCAAUGUUCAGAAGUCUAGGAAUAAGCCCGGUAAUCCUUGGCCCCCGAGUGGCGCACCUUCGGAAUUUGCAGCUGUCCUCGCCACAGGCAACCUUCUUCCACGCGAUCAACUUGUAACUUGUAACAUGGAAUCUGAAUAACGACUUGUAACAUGGAAUCCUAUUCAACUUCUUUAGUACUUCUCUCCUGCAUUUCACGUUUCGGAACUGCUAUCUCUAUGGUCACUCUCUAUGGUCUUCUGUCAUCAUUGAUCUGGUGAUCAUCGCGUGCUUCAGCCUAGAUGGGUCCGGACGGUACAUCACCACUGACAGAUUGGCCUACGAACAUAAAAGCCCCAGACAUCAGCUGUGGUGUUUGGUUGCAAAAUUCGAUGUGGUUGUUGAAAGUACACUGGUGAAAAUAUUUCUGCGA